UGGCAGCCAGCCAUUUCAAGCUAAAAUCCUCUCCCUCUCUCUUCCCCAUACCCAACUUCCCAAGAAUAGCAAGCGGAGAAACAAGGCCGCGGAUGAUGAAUAGGAAUAGCUAAACCAGCAACACAAUUCCCGAUUUUUGCUCUAAGGCCCUUAAUUUGCGCCUCUCUUCGCUUAUAUGAUCCUUCACACCUGAAUCUUGCAUUUGCAGCUGCUGGGUACCUCCUUCCAUGCAAAGCAGGAGAGAGACCCAUAGUUUGCUCAACAAUACACCUUCACCUAUUUGUUUUGAUCCAACAGAACAUUGAACUUUUGUCUUUUUAUUGUUUUAGACGUGUUUCUCUUGUAAUUACAUAUCAUUUUUCUAUUUCAUGUAGAAGAGACUCAAAGAUGACAGUAGAUAUACGUGGCCUUUUCAUUAUGGCCAUUAUUUCUUUAUUCAUUUCAUCAGCGAUUGUAGAUGGAGGCGAGACUAAAGAAGUUUCUUAUGAUGGAAGAUCCUUGAUUAUCAAUGGAAAAAGAGAGCUACUCUUCUCUGGAUCCAUUCAUUACCCUCGUAGCACCCCAGAGAUGUGGCCGGAAUUGAUUACAAAGGCCAAGCAUGGAGGUCUAAAUGUUAUUCAAACUUACGUGUUUUGGAACAUCCAUGAGCCUGUGAAGGGCAAGUACAAUUUUGAAGGGCGAUUUGACUUGGUGAAAUUCAUCAAGGAAGUUCAAAAGCAGGGACUGUAUGUAACUCUCAGGCUUGGGCCAUUCAUCCAGGCUGAGUGGAACCACGGAGGACUUCCAUAUUGGUUAAGAGAGGUCCCAGACAUCAUAUUCCGUUCAUAUAAUGAACCAUUCAUGAUUCACAUGGGGAAAUUCAUCAGGAUGAUUAUGGAUAAAAUGAAAGAAGAGAAGUUAUUUGCACCACAAGGAGGCCCCAUUGUCUUGGCUCAGAUUGAAAAUGAGUACAACACUGUCCAACUUGCAUAUAGGGAAUUGGGAAAUAAAUAUGUUCAGUGGGCAGGGGAUUUUGCUCUGAGCCAAGGAGCAGGAAUACCAUGGGUCAUGUGCAAGCAGAAAGAUCCUCCUGGUCCAGUGAUCAACACUUGCAAUGGAAGGCACUGUGGAGACACGUUCUCAGGCCCCAACCAACCCAACAAGCCUUCUCUGUGGACUGAGAACUGGACUGCUCAAUUUAGAGUAUUUGGAGACCCACCUUCUCAAAGAUCAGCUGAAGAUAUUGCAUUUUCAGUAGCACGUUGGUUCUCCAAGAAUGGAUCUUUAGUUAACUACUAUAUGUACCAUGGGGGUACGAAUUUAGAUAGGACUGCUGCCUCAUUCGUAACAACUCGUUACUAUGAUGAAGCACCUCUUGAUGAAUAUGGUUUAGAAAGAGAACCGAAAUAUGGUCACAUGAAGAACUUGCACAGGGCUCUAAGACUAGCAAGGAAGCCUUUGCUUUGGGGUGCACCUGGUGUUGAAAAAUUGGGAAAUGAUCAGGAGGCUCGGUUUUAUAAGCGACCUGGAACCAAACUCUGUGCAGCUUUCUUGACAAACAACGACACUAAAAAUGGAUAUGAUGUUAAAUUCAACGGUCGGGAAUUCUACCUGCCUCCACGAUCCAUUAGCAUUCUCCCUGACUGCAAGACCGUGGUUUAUAACACUAUGACGGUUGUGUCACAACAUAAUGCAAGGAAUUUUACAAAAUCCAAGAUAGCAAACAAGAAACUGAAAUGGGAGACGAUAUCAGAAGUCAUACCAACCCAACUUAAAACCUCGUCCAAGAUCCCAUUGGAGCUCUAUCGCUUGACCAAAGAUGCCACUGACUAUGCUUGGUACACCACAGACGUAGUAUUGGAUCCUUGGGACUUGUCUGUGCGAAGGGAUAUUCUCCCAGUUCUAAGGGUUGCAAGUCUUGGCCAUGGAAUGCUUGCUUUUGUAAAUGGUCACUUUAUAGGAUCGGCUCACGGAAGUCAAACUGAGAAGAGCUUUGUCCUACAAAGACCUGUGGAAUUGAAGCGUGGAGUUAAUACAAUUACGCUAUUGGGCUCUCUAGUUGGACUCCCAGAUAGUGGAGCCUACAUGGAGCAUAGGUAUGCUGGUCCUCGAGGUGUAAGAAUCUUGGGUUUGAACUCUGGAACUCUAGAUUUGACAUCUAAUGGCUGGGGUCAUGAGGUUGGCACGACUGGAGAAAGGGGCCAGUGGUUCACUGAGGAAGGAUCAAAGAAGGCAACAUGGAAACAAGUUCCAAAGGGUGAAGGACCUCCUAUCUCAUGGUACAAGGCUUCUUUUGAUGCUCCCGAAGGAAACGAACCAGUUGCUGUCCGUAUGACAGGUAUGAAAAAGGGUAUGAUUUGGAUCAAUGGUCAGAGCAUUGGUCGCUACUGGAUGAGUUAUGUUUCCCCUCUUGCGCAACCUACUCAAUCUGAGUACCAUAUUCCGAGAUCUUACAUAAAGCCAAAGGAUAACCUAAUAGUAGUAUUUGAGGAGGAGCAUGCAAACCCAGAAAAGAUUGAGUUUCUACUUGUGAAUAGAGAUAUAAUAUGUAGUUAUAUAACAGAGUAUGAUCCGCCACAUGUAAGAUCAUGGGCAAGAAAAGAUGACAGGAUAAAAACUGUUGUUGAUGAUGUGCGACCAGCAGCUCACCUCAAGUGUCCAAACCACAAGAAGUUUAUCAAAGUAGAGUUUGCAAGCUUCGGUGAUCCUUAUGGUGCUUGUGGAGGGUUUGUUCUUGGAAACUGCACAUCUCCUCUUUCUAAGCAAAUUGUCGAAGAGCGUUGCAUUGGAAAAGCUUAUUGUGACAUACCAAUCGAAAGAGAUCUCUUCGACAAGAAUAAUGAUGCUUGCCCUGACAUUAAAAAGACACUCGCUAUUCAACUGUUGUGUGGGUAGAAGAAUUAGUGAUCACCAGACAAAUUUUAUGUAUUGGAGGUGUUUGUGAUCAUGGGUCUGAUGUGGGAGAUGCAGCAUUAUGAUGUUUUGAAGGACAUAGAAGAAUAUACAAUUCAUAAUGCUUAAAUUUGUCUUUACAAGACAUUAAAACUCAUGAUUUUGUAUUCUCCAUAUUCAAACGUUUAUUAAAAUGAAGGCCCA